GCGGGCUCUCAGCGUUCCACCCGUGCGUACUGAAUUCUGUAGUACUUCCACGUGCCUCCUGCCCGGUCCUGUGUACUCCCGGUACGCAGCCCGCGUCCUGCAGACAGAGCUCAGGGCGCUCGAUUGGGGACUGUGCCCGCAGGGUCACCGCAGAGCUUCCAGCAGCUGCUCGCAAAGAUGCCGGGAAAGAAGGCGCGCAAGAUCUCGCAGCCAAGCCCCACGCGCGCGCUAGCAGAGCACGAAGUUGAGUGUGCUGUUCAACUGAGGAAAAUUGGAGACAAGCUGAAUUUCCGGCAGAAGCUUCUGAAUGUGAUAUCCAAACUCUUCUGUUCAGGCACCUGACUGCUUAAGAUCCCUUGAAUGAGGAGAUUCCUUUAAAACCCCAGUAGGUGUAAAUUUACCAGUUGUAAUCCAGGGGAACAUAAAGCAGCACUUGCUUGGUUUCUGAAUACCUUUGGAAACGAAGAUGGAAGUUUCCCAGAAGCCAUUCUUUGGGAUGGGAGAACAUUAUAAAACCGUUUUGUUUGUUUGAAAGCAAGAAUGGAAGAUCUUUGAAAUAAGGAAGUAAUUAUAUGUUUCUUUUUUGCUUAGAGAAUUGUUCUAGUAUUUUCGCUGAAGGUUGCUUCCCAUGUAAGAGGGGUUGAUAAAAGACUGUGAACGUGGUGGAAGAAACAGAAUAUGUUCAAUUGUUCUGUCUACUUUUGGAUGACAACUCCAGAGCAAUGUAUAAUAUUUGGUUCAUCCAUACUAUAUUGUUAAUAGUCAAAAUUGCAUUCUGAGAACACUGACUGUCAUAGCGAAUGUUGAUUUCGUAGGUCACUACAAAAUGUAAAGUCAUUUGAUAAUCUGUGUCUUUUGACUCAGACGUUGUACUGCUUCUGUUCAGAUGACCGCUCAUUAAAUGUAUCCCUGUGAGCAUGAACUGGAAAGUAUGUCUUUUUAAAAAAGUCCAUAGACUUAUAAGAGUCAUUACUUGGUGCCAGUAAAACUCUUGCAGAUUGAAUAUCUAAUGAUAAAGAGAGUGGGGAUUUUACAUAACCAGGAAUAAUAAAGAAAAGAAAUUUGGCUUUUUUACUGGUCUAAUUGGAACCUAGUAAGACAAAUCUUCUAAAGUAACCGUUGGAAAGAAAAAGAAUAUCUUUCUAAAGAAGUUUCUAAAAAUCUGUAAAAUUCUCGUUCCUUAUACUAAUCGCUGUGCAUUCUAUAAAAAGUGAUUUUUUUUUAAAAAACAGAAAUGAAUCAUGUUUUCAUAAUGGGGUGUACUUUUUUUUAAAGAAGAGGAACAGAUGUUUCUCAUCCAGAAUGAAAAUUCUGUGUAUACACACACAAAUAUAUGUGUACAUAUGUGUGUGCGCACACACAAGGGCAUCUAUGUAGAUGCAUUUACAUUAGAGUGCUGUGCAGAGCCCUAGAAAGAUUUCAUGCAUUUUGUUUUUUAUUAUUAAAGGUUGACUGUAAACAAAAUCUCCAAAUACACAACUAACAAGUAAUAAUGUCAUUAUUGAAUUUCAUCAGGAAUAAUCUUAUUUAUUAUGCCUAUUUAUAAUUAAAAUCUUUUUUGUUUAGCUUGAAUGUACAUUAGUUAACCUUGUAUUUUUUAGUUAUGAGACAAAGGUUUCAUAACUACUUGAAUUCCUACAGUAAGAAUGUUUUAAUAUAGGCUAUAGUUACAUUGGCGCCCUGGUGGCUCGGUGGUUAAGAGCUUGGCUGCUAACCAAAAGGUCAGCAGUUCGAAUCCACCAGCCACUCCUUGGAAAUCCUAUGGGGCAGUUCUCCUCAGUCCUAUAGGCAGGCUCGCUAUGAGUCAGAAUCAAGUUGACGGGAACGGUUUAUAGUCACUUUAGAUGUAAAAUUACCUCAGCAUUGUUUUCCGUAAGUAUUACAUAAUGCUGUUAGUUUCAUUUAAUGCUUGUAAAUGGUAUCUUUUUGUCUUUUUGGCUAGAGGCAGAUAGUUUGUCAUAUCAGUAUUUAUGGUCUAUAACUAUUUAUAUAUAUAUAAAAUUUGAUACUGUAGCAAUAAACUUAAAAAUUACCACCUUUUA